AUGCUUAUCCUCUACUACGACGGGCUACUCCGACGGUGCGUUGACUUCUUUCCUCCCGUCACACCUUGCACAUCUUCUCGACUGACUCUCGGACCCUACCAGGAUGGCACAGCCGAAGACGUAUCAGCACUAAUCAAAGACGGAGAAGUCGACGACGACGACGACGACGACGACGGUGAGAAUGAUGAUGAUGCCUACGAGAAGUGGUGGGCUGAGUCACUCGAAUCACUCAAUCGGAUUCGAAAGCGCGCCGUGGUCAGGCAAAACAAAGCCCCAACCGCGCUCGUGGUGAUUUCUCAACCGCCACGGGUGGACAUCAAAGAGCUCAAGAGUUACUCGUACGAUGAAAGCGCCGGCACCGGCGUUACCGUCUACGUUGUUGACCACGGAUACUACACCAGGAAUAGCGAAUACACCCGCAUGGCCGUCCCACCCCGCUGGAUAUUCGCGGGCUCACAGAGCCAGAAACAAGUCAGAGAGGAUCUCCAUCGCCACGGACACGGCAGUUGCGUUGGAUCCAAGGUCAACGGCCCCAAGUACGGGACCGCGAAGAAUGUCAACCUCGUCAUCGUCAAAGCCGCUACCGUUGCUUGGGAGACCGACGACGCUCUGAGAAGGGUCUUGGAAGAUGUUAAACGCAGGAAGCUGCAGGGCAAAGCUGUCAUCAGCCUCGCGCGAGGUCGCCACGACGAGGCGGCCUCGGAAGAGCUCAAGAAACUCACGAAUGAGCUGAUUCAAAAUGACGUGGUCAUUGUUGCGUCGUCCGGAAACGACUUCCGUGACGCAGUGGAGCGAGGAUUGGUUCCCGCCAGAGAGAUCAAUCAUUGGCCAGCUUUGAUGGCUGGCCAAGGCGUCCCAAUAAUCAACGUCGGAGCCGUCGACAACACGGGCAAGAAUGCCAGCUUCUCCCAGGGAGGACCUCUGGUUCACGUCAUGGCGCCUGGUGUUGGGGUCCGGUGCGCGUCCAAUUCCUUCUUCUUCCGCUCGCAGAGGGUGGACGGCACGUCUUUUGCCUCACCCGCCGUGGCAGGUCUUGCAGCCUAUCUUCUCGCGCUCGGCAAACACCCGGAACUGCGUCAGACCGGAAGGGUAGCCGCCAACAUGAAGGAACUCCUCAUAGAGAUGUCCUACCGGCGAUCUACCGGCGGUGGCUUGGUAGUAUACAACGGUCAGGCUGCCCCCCGCAGCCGGUUCCGGGGCGCCAAGGGCAGCUGUGUAGCACCUACACCAGGUAUGUUUUUAGGUGGUGUCUUCCCCUCCAAAGCGGGAUCGUUUCGCCCGGGGCUUGGAGCUCCCUCGACCCGAGGUUUCCCCGUCCUGACCUCAUCCACUCCAAAAAGUUUCCACACCUCCGAGGCGCCGGUGCGCAUUCGAAAGCUCUCAUCGGGUCCCGCUCAUUCAGCUUUCGCAUCCUCGUCAGAUGUAGUCGACUCCCUCUCAAAACUCGCUGGCCCGAUGCCCCUCAAAACCCCCCUGUGGUCCUUCGUCCGGAGCUACUCCAAUGGCCCGGCCAGGUCGCGCCUCGGCAAGAAGGCACUGAGUCUGGACCACUUCCUGCAGAGGUCCCGCGCCAUCUCGCUCUACCGCGAAAUUAUCCGCGGCACGAGGCGCAUCGCCGACCCCAACACCCGCACCGAGUCGCGCCGCUUUGCGCGCGACGAGUUCGAGCGCCACCGAGACGUGACGGACCUCGGACACAUCCGCUACCUCAUCUCGACGGGCAAGACGGAGUGGCAGGGCAUGGAGCGCUACGUCGAGGGCAUGUAG